AUGGGGAACCGAACUUGGAUUUUACAAAUCAUGUUUUUUUCGGUCGUUCCGUACUCGGUAUUGAUUUCUUUACGAAACUCAGACGUCUUGGCAAUUACAGAAAGGAGUCUAAUUAACAUUGAAAAAGAGGAUCUCAACGGAAUUGCCAAAACUAAUGAUAAUAAAAUAACAUCGGCAAAAAUUACUGAUAACAAUAAAACUAUCGUGGUUAAAGAUAUCGAAAGAAAAAGUAUAACUUUAAUAAAGAAUGGAAUCUUCUGGUCGGAUUACGCAGAAUCGUGUGUGCCGAAAGGAUCAUCGAAAAAUGAUAGUUUUAUGCUAAUUAAAAAGUUGAGGUCACAGAAAAUUAACACAUUGAAAGAGGGAACUACUUACAUGUGUGGAACUUCAAAGGGUGGCAUUGUGACAUUGCAAGAUGGUACAAUAAUGUGUGCUAAAUAUAAGAGAAAACAACGAUCGGUUUAUGCUGAAGUUCUGUCAUACUAUCUAUCGCGGCUUCUUAAUAUGGAUAACAUUCCGGAGGUAUUUCUUGCACGAAUUGAUCCAUCCUCACCACGUUGGAAAGAUGUUGACCCUAGAAAAUUGUCAUGGGACGAGGACGAAAUAAUUGCUUUGGUGACAUGGCAGAAGAAUUGCAAACUCAAAACACUCAUGCCAGCAACUAUACGAGAAGCUUACUUUAGACAAGAAACAAUUACAAGCAAGUUAAUAAACAGCUCAUGGACACUUCAAAACAAUCCUGGCAUGCUAUCUGAACUUAUACAAUGGGGAACGAUACUUAUAUUUGAUGAUUUAAUUGGCCAUUUUGACAGAUUGGUAAGAAUGCAACCCUAUGGUGAUGAGAAUAGAUAUGAUGUCCAUGCAGACAGCUUGCACAAUAGUGUAAAAUCUUCAAAUG